AUGGAGCUGUAUGCUGAUUCAAAUUGUGAGGAAUUGAUUACAGUUGAUUCAGGUACCUUCGGUACUGAUGGCUGUAUUACACAAAGCGGUAUUAAUUCUGUUCGUGUCACCUACCUCGACAAUGCUAGAGUGAUCGUAUAUUCUCAGAGAGAAUGCGACGGACAGGAAUGGGUUAUUCCUAUUGGCACCCCUGGAGGUGAUAUCUGUAUUCGAAGCCCUGGUACAGAAUCUUUUAAAUUCUCAGUCGGGUCUAUUCAGGGUUUAGGGUGGAACUUGGUUACAACACUCGAAAGCAAUAUUUUGUAG